AGCUCACAAUGGUUUGUGUCUUUCAAAUACAUAUAUUAAUAUUUCUACACCAUUGAGAUGGAAAUGUUCUAGAGAUCAUGAAUGGGAUGCUCCACUUGAUAGAAUAAAAUAUAAGAAUACUUGGUGCCCUGUUUGUGAAGGUCGACAUUCUUUUCAUCUUGAAAUCGCUAAAAAGAUUGCUAUAAAUAAAGGUGGAUUAUGUCUUUCUAUCCAAUGUACAGCUACCAAAGAAUUAUUAGAAAAGCCUUGUACUCUUGAAGAUGCUAUAAAAGUCGCACAUGCUAGAAAUGGAAAAUGUCUUUCUGAAAAAUUUAUUAAUACAUUAAAAAUGCAAAUUCAUGGUGUCCCCAUUGUUCUGGACGAUAUGCUUGUAAUAUUGAUCAAGCCAAGCAAAUUGCAUUUAGCCGGAAUGUUAUGUCGUGAAAUUUUAACAGAAUAUCUUGGAUCUCCUUCACUAACCCGCAGGCCUGAAUUCUUAAAAACACCAGAACAUUCCAUAGGUUUAGAACUUGAUAUAUUUUAUCCUGAAUAUGGUUUUGCAAUUGAAGUACAAGGAGUGCAACAUGAAAAAUAUAUUGAAUUCUUUCAUAAUGACGAUCCCAAUAAUUUUAUUAAACAGCAAGAGCGAGAUCAACUCAAGAAAGAAUUGUGCAAAGAAAACUGGAUUGCUUUAAGGUAUGUCUGGUAUUAUGAAGAUCCAUAUAUAGUUAUUCCAGAACAUCUUCGAGAAUUGGGUCUUAUUAAGUAA